AUGGAACCAACAUUAACCCUUCAGAUCCCCUUCAUUCUGCUCGGCCGCCGGGACGACGUCGAUCCUGGGUUAUGGAACCCCGACAAUAGUAGUAUAGACCUAGUGCGAAAAGUACACGAAGUGUUGAGGCAGUUCUGCCCCGAGGUCCCAAUACAGCUAAACUUAUCGGCAGACAUAGACACCAAAGAUGAAACGCGAAGUAGGGCAAACUGGACGAUCCAGCCCGCGCCAAACGCCGAAAGACCCAGCAGCGGCCCCGCCCACAAUUCGGACGACACCGACGGUCUCCUGGCCUCAGAUGAGAGCGUGCGAUUGGGUGACAUGGUGUGGGCAUAUCCCAUGCUCCUCCAACGUUCUAACAUCCCUUUGUCCACUGACUCUAUCGAAUGGCGAGGGUUUGAAGACGAGGUUCAGACGGUUUUCAAAGUGCUGAAAUGGGCGUUUGAAGAUGGGAAUGUGCCCAAAAACGGGAUUGAAGAAGCUGCGAAGUCUUGGAGUCUAAUAUGCGGAAAGAGGUGUUGGAUUAGCAUUGCCGUCAUACCCCCAUCGACUUCCGCCUCCAUUACAACUAGCCUCAGUCAUGACGCAGCGAAGAAGCUUCUCAUGCUAGCUACGGCGUUUGAGAGCGAGUUGACGAUGCUGAGUACACCAACCGCGCUCUUGGAGUUCUGGAGCCUGAGCAGAUUCUUAGAGUACCGAGGCAUUGUACAAUUAGCUAAGAAUCGGUCCGCUCUCUGGCAGAGACUGAAAGACAAGAAACAUCUUAGUGACAAAAGGAAAGGCACCAUAUAUCAGAGGGAUAAGGAGAAGUGGAUAAGCGGCUUUGACGAAGAAGAUAUAGCGUGCGAGAGGACGAAAGGCAGAAGAAGGGAGUGGUGGGAGGUGCUCGAUGGGUCAGGGCUUGAGGAGUUGUUAGAAGAGAUGAGGAGUUUCGAAGAGAGGGGAAGAAGACUUGCACUGUCUUGUGAUUUUUUCUCAAAGGAGAUGAAGGAUACUGCUCGUGGUAAUAAUGAAGAAGAAAAUAUCGACUCAAGCAUCGUAGGCGACCGCGAAAGUCAUACCAAGCUACCACCUGGACGACCUCCCCAGGCCACCAUAGCCGUCUCCAGAAUUACUUUUAACGGUUACAGAAGCUCACUCGAUGUAGAAGAGAUCCUGGCAUAUGCUGAACUCAUUGCGAGUCUAGUCAGGCUGUCAUACAGCUUAGACGCCAACGAGUUGAGAAACAGUCUUGAGAAAUUUAGGGAAUCCACUGUCAACCGGGUUACGAAGCCAUUGGACGGGUUCAAAAACCUAAUGAAAGUUCUGUGUACCAGUGAUAGAACAACAAGUUUCUGGAUGCACAAACUAUCGCCUUAUUACACCGAGUGUAACGACACCAACAUUGAUAAUAAUGACAAAGACGCCAACAGCCACUAUGACCCUUUCUCACCUCUUCGCGCACAUAUUUCGUCCUCUCUCGCCCGCGAGAAAGCAUUCAUGCCAAGUUUCAUUCAGCGCUAUCAUCUUGCAGGCGGGUUCUAUCCUACAAAGAGUAAAAAGCUGUAUGCGCUAAUGGUAGCCGAGGAGCAUGCAAGAAAGCAGAAAUCGGGUAGAAGGAAGAAGGCUCAGGAUUGGCUGGGGAAUUUAGGGGAUGUUGGGCUAGGUGAGGCUAUAUACGAGGAGGCAGUCUCGCCAGAAGCGACUAGUGAGAGGCGCGAAGAGACGAAUGAUUGGGUUAACGAGGUGCUGGGUCCAGGAAAUAAGUUGAACCAGGAAGGGACGAAGCGUGGCACUGGACAGGAUAUGGGUGACAAGGAUGUACAAAAGAGAGAUGAGCUUCGAGUCUUGACGGAUUUAUAA